AUGGUUAAUGAAAAUGAUGAGGGUGAAGUCCCGCCAACCAAAACCCUUAGGGACCGUUUGAACCCAUCUAGAGUGAUACAUGAACUUGGGGUUGUUUUUCCGGCCACUACCGUUAAGUUUGAUAUUAAACCUGAGACAUUUGACAUGCUACGUAAGUUUAGCGGGAUAGAGAACGAGAACCCGUAUACCCACAUCAGAGACUUUGAGAUGAUUUGUGACACCAUGAGUUAUCCGAAUGUCACCAAAGACGUUCUUAGGUUGCGUCUGUUCCCUUUCUCUCUUAAAGAGAGGGCCAAUGAGUGGUAUCACAUCAUUCACUCUAAAACAAUCACCACCUGGGAUGGCCUUGUAGAGGUUUUCAUUAAGAAAUUUUACCCACACCAUAAGAUUGUUGCUGUUCGACAGUCAAUCCAAACCUUUAAGCAGAAAAUAGGUGAGAGCUUACAUGAUUAUAUAGAAAGGUUUAAUGAAUUGUUAUACCAAUGCCCGCACCAUGGCUUUGAGAAAUCCCACAUGGACCAAAUCUUAUAUGAGGGCCUUGAUAGUGAAACCAGAAUGCAGGUAGAAACAAUGAGUGGGGGAUCAUUUACCCAUCAAGACCCGGAUGAAUGUUUUGACGAGUUGGUAGAGUUAGCUGAGAAGACUCGUCAAUGGGCUUCAAUGAGGGAGCCCGAAAUAACUAGGAACCCUAUCCAUAUGGUCAAUAGAGUCGAUAAUGGGUCAGAUAUCCUUAGGCAUCUAGAGGCCUUAGAGAUGAACCAAGGGUCCAACCAGACUAUGAGCUGUAACAAUGAGCCCAAAACCUAUCCAUGUACCAUUUGUGGUGAUCAAAGUCACAUUGGACCUCAGUGCCCCCUGUUUUACCCAACUGAAACUACUCGUGACCAGGUUAGUGUCCUACAUGGUGGUAUGAACUCUAAAUAUGAGGGUCGACCCAAGUUUGACCCAUACUCUAAUACUUAUAACCAUGGUUGGAGACAUAACCAUAAUUUCUCGUGGUCUAAAGGUUCCCAUCAAGGUAGACCAUCUAGCAACCCACUACCAGGCUUUCCUAGGAACCAACCUCAAGUCCAAGAACCGAGCCCAGUUGAACAAAAGGUGUCAUCUCUAGAAGAAACUCUAAGACUCUUUAUUGAAGGUAGUGCCCGAAAUAAUUCCGAGACUACCCAAAAUUUUAAACUUUUAGGACAGAGGUUCGAUGAAGUUCAACGUAACCAACAAAACAGUGACCGAGCUAUUGCCAACAUAGAGACUCAGAUAAGUCAACUGUCAAAUAGGUUAAAUGAUAGGGAAAACGGGAAAUUUCCUAUCCAAUCGACUCCAAAUCCGAAAGGAGUUAACCAGGUUAAUGGGUCGGGUAGUUCUAACCACAACGAACAUGUAAAAGCAGUUAUCACCCUUAGGAGUGGUAAAACAUUAGAUAACUCGGUAGAACCACCUAAGGACAAAAGCCCAGCUGAAAAAGAUACUGAGGUUGACCAAACUUCGUCUAAAGACCCAAAUGGGCCUGAGAAUGCUAAUAGUCCAAGUAAGGAAGCUACCCCUGAGAGAGUGUACAUACCACCUGCACCAUUUCCUCAGAGACUCGCUAAGAAAAAUCCUAGACAUCUUUAA